CGCUACGCACAACACACAAUGGCGCAGUAGCGCCCCCGCAAGCCGACAGAGAUCGAUUCAGCCGUCGAGGAAGAGCGAGGAGGCACAAGCUGCCAGAGAUCGAUCAGGCAUUGAGUAAGAGCAAGGUUUCAUCCCGCAAACGGCCAGAGAGAGAUUGAUCGAUCAGCCAUCGACGAAGCAAGGUGUUAAUUUCUCUCUCUCCCUUCCUCCCUCUCUCUCUCUCUCUCUCUCUCUCUCUCUCUCUCCGUUAUAGUUCGUAGCUAGCGAUCUCCAUUACAGUAGCUAGAACUCGACGAAGCAUUGAGUAAUUGAGUAGUGAUGCAUCGUUUUUAACUUGUGGCAGCCGAACUAGAACAAUGAUAGUGGUGCUUCAAGCGAUUUGGAGUUUGAGUUGGUUGGUGCUUCAUGGGGUGGAAAUUUUCUUUUGGCUGUUUUGAUUUGGCAUCUCUGUGGCGAUUCUCGUCCUGACCUACGAGGGGUUUCAUAAAAACAGGGCACAUUUCCAUCGGUCUUGCAUUCAUUCCGGCAGGGGUGACAUUCGGUCACUUCGUUUUGAGUAGCAUUUAUGUUGUUUAUUGCGGGAAGGGAUGGCAAAAGGAGAAGAUGGCGUUUUAUGCCAAAGAAUGGUUUACGAAGACGAUCUUACAGCUGCUUGGAUUCGCCUUCGGGGCUGUUACAAAUGAAUUGAUUGUGAGGGUCGAGCUUUUGACACCAGCCGUUGUCGCUUUUGACACCAGCCGAUCUUCCAAAAGCUUUUGGUAUCCAUGGGGAUUGAUCCUUGCCUUGGUGGUGACAUAUCAACCACAUUCGGGGUUGGCCUAUCAGAAGAUGUUUCUCCUAUUCACCAUCACCACCAAGGCAAGGAUCAAUCCCCAUGGAUACCAAAAGCUUUUAGAAGAUCGGCUGGUGUCAAAAGCGACAACGGCUGGUGUCAAAAGCUCGACCCUCACAAUCAAUUCAUUUGUAACAGCCCCGAAGGCGAAUCCAAGCAGCUGGAAGAUCGUCUUUGUAUACCAUUCCUUGGCAUAAAACGCCAUCUUCUCUUUUUGCUAUCCCUUCCCGCAAUAAACAACAUAAAUGCUACUCAAAACGAAGUGACCGAAUGUCACCCCUGCCGGAAUGAAUGAAAGACCGAUGAGAUGGGAAUGUGCCUUGUUUUUAUGAAACCCCUCGUAGGUCAGGACGAGAAUCGCCACAGAGAUGCCAAAUCAAAGCAGCCCAAACACAAUUUCCACCCCAUGAAGCACCAACUCAAACUCCAAAUCGCUUGAAGCACCACUAUUAUUGUUCUAGUUCGGCUGCCACAAGUUAAAAACGAUGCAUCACUACUCAAUGCUUCGUCGAUUUCUAGCUACUAUAAUGGAGAUCGCUAGCUACCAACUAUAACGGAGAGAGAUACCCAAACACAAUUUCCACCCCAUGAAGCACCAACUCAAACUCCAAAUCGCUUGAAGCACCACUAUUAUUGUUCUAGUUCGGCUGCCACAAGUUAAAAACGAUGCAUCACUACUCAAUGCUUCGUCGAUUUCUAGCUACUGUAAUGGAGAUCGCUAGCUACCAACUAUAACGGAGAGAGAUAGAGAGAGGGAGAGAGAAAUUGACACCUUGCUUCGUCGAUGGCUGAUCGAUCGAUCUCUCUCUGGCCGCUUGCGGGAUGAAACCUUGCUCUUACUCGAUGCCUGAUCGAUCUCUGGCAGCUUGCGCCUCCUCGCUCUUCUUCGACGGCUGAUUCGAUCUCUGUCGGCUUGCGGGGGCGCUACUGCGCCAAUGUGUGUUGUGCGUAGCGAGCACAAAGCAGGCAGCUCAAUAUUUAUAGAGAGGAGUGGGAGAGUGUCAGGUGAGAGGCGGCCGCUGGCAUUCUCUGCACCUGUACUAUUAUUUGGAGGAACAAAGAGAAUGUUGUACGAACAGAUUGAGGGGAGAAAAUGGGCUGACAAAUUAAAUAAAUGUGAAUUUUUAUU